CCCCGCUGGAGCCGAAACGGUGCUUGUGAUUGGGCGGGCCCCUCGCGCGUCGGACGCUGGUUGUGAUUGGGCGUUUUGAAGGGGCUGAGCGUGGCUGGCGGCGAAGCGGGCGGUUUGGGGAGCGGAGCCCGCGCGCUGCUGUGCGAUCAUGGCCGCGAGCGGGCGGCGCCUGCGGGGCGACCCGGAGAGUGGCUUCACAAUGGAUGAGACAGUUGCUGAGUAUAUCAGAAGGACUGUGCUGAAAAUCCCUCGCCGUGAAAUCAUGGAAAUGCUAACAAUAUGGGACUUCCUCUCCAAGACACAGCUACAAACCAUAAAUGUGCAUCAUACGAAGGAAAGAAUUUCCCAAGAAGUGGUUACACUUUGUGAGGAAAACUGUGCUGGUAUCAAGCAAGCAGCCAUCCUAGACAUGAUUUACAAUCAUACCUAUCCGAACAAGAAAGUUUGGACUGUUUACCAAAUGACCAGAGUAGCAGGUGAAGAAACAGAUUCUCUUAACUUGGCAGACUUCAAAUACAAAUUUAAGAGAAGUCUUCAGACAGCUCUGAAAAAUGUGACUAUCAACUUCAGAGAAUAUGAGGAUAAUGCACUAUGGAUUCGAAUUGCUUGGGGAACACAAUAUACAAAACCAAACCAGUACAAAGCCACCUAUAUUGUGUAUCACUUGCAAACUCCCUAUGUCUUCAUUUCCAGUCUUAGGAGCAACUUACCUUUGCUUUGUCAGGCACUGGUUCAUGCGUCCAAUUACCAUGACAUCCAUGAAAUGGAGCUCCGAAGCCGUUGUUUAGACUCCCUUAAAGAUAUUGUGUUUAAAAGGUAUAGCCAGACUUUCCAAACUUAUCACCCAAGACCUCUACAAGAAAGAAAUGUGGCACCAGAAAAGGUGGAUCCAAGGAUAAUUCAAGAAAAUAAAAGGGAAAAGGAGAGAAUCCAGAGAGUGAAUCAGGAGGUCUUUGGCAAUGGUCUCCAACCGAAAAUAGAAUUUGCACAAUAUAAGCUUGAAACAAUGUUUAAAGGUGAACCUGAAAUGGACAUCCUUACUGAAAAAGAGCCAUUCAGAUGUGUAGUCAAAUUUUCCAGCCCCCAUCUUUUAGAAGCAUUGAAAUCUUUAGCACCAGCAGGUAUGGCUGAUGCACCUCUAUCACCAUUACUUACAUGCAUACCACAAAAAGCCAGAAACUAUUUUAAAAUUAAGGAGCGAAAAGAUAUACUUUCAGCAAGUUGUCUAGGCUCUUGACUUUUUUUUUACUGCGAAGACUCAUUCACCAAGAAUUGUGUAUGUAUUGUAUUUAACUAUUGGUAUCUAAUCUAAUCAAAAUAUACAUUUAAGAACCAUUUUUAAAGCUAAUUUAUUGUUUGGUAAUUCCUUAUAUCAUUUUAAAUGAUAGCUUAAAUUUAAAAUAAUACUUUUUCCUUACUGUUGUUUUUAAACAAUGAGUUAGCCAAUGAGACUGACGUAAUGGCCUGUCAUCUAGCAGAUAGCUGAAUUUACAGUUUCAGCUAAUUGAACCAGUUCAUUGAAGUUCUUCUACAGAUCGUAAUGUAUUUGGUGAGCACACAAUAAAUUAGAGAUCAGAUCUAAUCGGAAUGCAGAAAGUCAAAUAACGUACCAGAUUAGUCUUUUCACUGUACCGGUAUCACUUAAUAAAAUAGUUAAAUCUACAGUCUGUCAUCCAGUAUAAAAGAUACUAAUUCUGAGUGAGAAUGUCAGGAGACAAAAAAACUCUACUUGGAAAACUAACAUUCUAGCCUUGCCUUGACAUUUUCAUUUCAACAGAAGACUUCCUUCCUGUGACAAUAGUCUAUUAUCAUGACUUCAUUUAUAGCGAGAUCCAUGUAUUUGAUUACUUAUUUUUAAAUGAUGUUUUGGACUUCUGAUUGACUAGCAAAAGCUGACAUCAAACAUUUGGACCCUUAUAAUCAAUAAACAGAUGUGAUACUUAAUGUACAAUAGGUUUUUAACAGUUUAUUUUAUCAAUUGACUGACAAGAUAUCUAAACAAUUAAAGUUAACUUUCCCCAUAAGAAUGAGAUGCAGAAACUUUCUGUUGAAGCAAAACUUGCUACUUUGGGGAAGUAGUGUUUUUAAAUGCAUAUCUUUCUAGGGUCUGAUCCUGCAACACUUUUUGCACACUAAAAUUUGUGACUUUAUUUACAUAAAUAUUGCAAUGUAAUAUCAAGAAGAAAUAGGGUUUCCAGUAAAGUUCGAAGUGUUCUGACUUGCACAGAAAUUUUGAAUUUAACCCUUUUAAUAUUUGAGCUACAGAUUUAAUGUACAUGGUUUGCAGAUCAUUUGUAUUCAAAAUGUAACUUAGAUCCUGUGAUGGUUAGCAAUUUAUUGUUGAUGUAUUUUGUAUAUUAAAAAUUUUAUUCACUUACCUCUGUAGGCAGAGAAAAAUUUUCAGUAAGGUUGUGUUCUAGUAUACCAAGCUAUUUUGUUUGGUUUUGUGUGAUAUUUUGUUUGCCUUACAUUUAAAGGACCAAUAAAAUUUGAAAGGACCAAUAAAUUUAAAGUAGAUUUCAGUCUGA